AUUUCAGAACUGCUCCAUCUCUCCGCUCAUAAUAGGUCGGGCAGAGAGGAAGCCUAUACCAAGUCGGAAAACUCAUCUCUGAAGACCGCAGUGGCAUGACACCAGAGGCUACUGUUAAUCGCAAAAUCAUUCGUUUCACAGAAAAUUGAUCAUAGUCUUACGUAGCUUACUAAUGCAUGCGAGGCGGUUAUUGCAUUUAAAUAUUUAUUUCUGCCACACAAGUUGUGAACUGCGCGGUUUGACAAAGUGCUAGACAAAUUAUGUUUAUCUAUGGACAUUUUUUUCAAAAAACGGAUACUACUAAUUUCGACGGUGUCUGUGAUGCCGACUGAAAACUAUCGUUCUUGUCGCCUGUUCAGUUAGACUGCAUUCCGUGAUUUAAUAACAUCUGCUUCGCAGAAAUCCGAGUACGCUACUAGUUCAAAGUGUUGAGAAACCCACUUUGGCUAUUUAGUGGGUCGUGCCAUGGCAGGUGUGCUGCUGCUGUGCGCCCUUUUCCUGCCUUUCCCGCAGACCAGCGGCCAGGACAGCUGCCACGAGGUGCGGUCCUCCUUCCAGCUUCUGCACCCCGGCGUCAAGUGGGCUCCGGAGAGUCCUGUGUCAGGAGUAGACCUGCAGGUAUGUCAGACCAAAGGCCCGACCUGCUGCUCGCGGAAGAUGGAGGAGCGGUACCAGGUAGUGGCCCGGCAGAACAUGGAGUCCGGUCUGCAGGCCUCCAGUGCCCAACUCAAGCUCCUCAUCAUCCAGAACGCAGCACUCUUCCAAGAAGCCUUUGAGAUGGUGCUGCGUCACGGGCGGAACGCCACCCUCCAUAUGCUACGGGACGAUUUCCCCGCCUUGAAGGGUGGAGCCAACGGGGCGGUGGGCCAGCUCUUCCUGGACGUCUCGCUCUACAUCCUGGGCUCGGACGCCCGGGUGGACGACAUGGUGGCCUCGUUCUUCGGCCGGCUCUUCCCGCUGGCUUACCGCCGGCUCCUGGGCGGUGGCGGGGGGGCCGGGCCAGCGGUGUCCGAAGACUGCCUGCGCGGGGCCUGGAAGGACUCGGGGGCCUUCGGCCCGUACCCCAAGAUGAUGAUGACACGUCUGUCGCGCUCCCUGCUGGCCACGCGGGUCUUCCUGCAGGCGCUGAACCUGGGCAUCGAGGUGGUGAACACCACGGACCACCUGCGGCCCGGCCGGGACUGCGGGCGGGCCCUGCUGCGGCUCUGGCACUGCCCGCGCUGCCUGGGCCUGCCGGGGGCCACGCCCUGCCGCGGCUCCUGCCUGUCCGUCAUGCGGGGGUGCCUGGGGGGGGCGAGCGAGGUGCAGCCCCACUGGCGGGGCUACGUGGAGGGGCUGGGGACGCUGGCGGGGGCCAUGCGGGGGGAGCAGGACGUGGAGGCCGUGGUGAUGCGCCUGCACUCGCUGGUCCGACUGGCCCUCCACCACGCCCUCACCACACGGAGCCGCCUGAAGGCUGCGGUGAGCAACACGUGUUCUUACUCUCCGAAGCGCGUCUCUCGCUCUGCUGCCGUUCAUCUGAACCCCGUCCCCCCGGCUGCUGAGCCCCGGCCGGCUUCGCAGCCUGUGCCCUUUGACCCGGAAGAGACCCUGGCUGGCCGGCGCAGGGAGUUUAUCGCCAGCCUGAAGGGUUUCAGCACUUUCUACAGUGGCCUGGGGGAGGCGCUGUGCAGCCAAGAAUCAGCAGUGCUCAAUGACUCCCUCUGCUGGAAUGGACAGGAAGUGACAGACAGGUUCGUAGUUACUGGACCGAAGCGAACCCAACCACACGGUCCCGAAUCCAAACACAAGGUACCUGAACCGGUCAUCAGCCAGAUCAUCGACAAACUGAAACACAUCAAUCAGCUGCUGCGCAUGGUGACGGCUCCUGAACGGCGGUGGCGAGCCCGGCCAGGAGGGCGCGCUGUGGAGCGGGGAGGCGGUGAGGAUGGGGAGGACCUGGAGAGUGGUGACUGCGAUGACGAGGAUGAAUGCGGUGGAGUCUCGGGGCUGGGCCCCCCGCCGCGUCAUAAACGUCUGCGUAUAUUCGCAGACCUGGCUGACAGCUUGGCUCUGGAUGACCUCACUUUCAAUGAGCAACUGUUGACACCUAGGCUGGCCACAGAUACAGAGGGAGGAGAAUCGGCAACAGGGGCUGCCAAGGGCCUGUGGGGCCCGACCAGAGCUCUCCCAGGGGCCACCUUUCUCCUCACCCUCAUCAUCACUGUGCUUGGACCUCAUUGACAUCCUAGCCGAAUUCUCACCAUCCUUACUUCUGCCUUUGUCUCCCUCUGAAUUCUUAACCCAAUUUCAAAUUUCAGAGUGCCAAAAAUGGGCAACUGGUGUCUUUCAUUGUGGUCUGAGAACAGUUUGAAAAUUGCCUCAUGACUUUUAUGAAUUCACUGGAAUGACUUGAGGACUGGAGGACUACCUGCUGUUUUAAUGCUGUCUCUACUUCUACCCCUCCCCUCAAUUGCUUAUUCUGGAUCAGAGACUCAGAAAUCACUCACCCGGGGCAAGCCCAACCCCAUCUUGUAAAUACACCACUUCCCUGACCCCCCUUUCACCACAGCCAGUCUAAGUGCUGUCAGAUUUGCCAUUGUGGUCUUUUUUUUGCAGAAGUCUCAACCUUUGUAUAGCAACAGCACUGUAAAAACAGGGAUUGCUCAGAGGUUGACCUCUAAUUUAACCCUUUUUACUGCUGAGCAAGUGAUUAUGAAUAUGCAGUGGCUCUCCACAUUCACUCAGUGGAAUUCUUGCUGGUCUCUCAUCUAAUCUAUUUCCAGUGAUACUUUCCCCAAAGACUCACAAUGCAGAGCCAAGCAUAGCAAUAGCCUGGAAUAAUGUCUGAGUGUGAAAUGUAGUAAUGUUUUUUCUAAAUGUUUACUUUAGUUUCCCUGAACUAGAUUUCUAAAAUGAAUAUUGUGUGAUAAGUCAUUUCCAUAUGCAGUUUAGGUUUGAAACAGUAUUAAGAUUACAUUACAUUAUUAUCAGCAUUUAAUGUUCAUAGUAAUGGUCAAGCCAAGUAUUUCCAGUCUGAAGAGAACUUUGUAUUAAAUAGCUGGAAUCUUUGGCAGCAAAACACAACUUACAUUACCUACCCUGUGGUAUUACAUGACUUGACAGAAAUGGCCAAUGAGAGACAUACACAUGAGGUGAUAAAUGGUGAUCUCCCCGUUUUGUUCCUGAUGUUAAACACAGCCCUUCCUGCCAGUUUCAAUCUGUUUUUUGCGGUAACCGUAGAAUGAGAAGAAUUUCUCUGGGGGAGCAAGUGGUCCUGCCAAAAAACUGAGGUUAAAAAGAUACUUUUUUACCAUGAAUUUGGAUUGUAAUAAUUAAUACAGUGUUUAUAAACAUGGUGUCAGAAACAGUUUGUUCUGCCAAUUGAUCUGGGUUUGUCUGCAAACUGACAGGCAGGAUGUGGUGUAUUUUAUUUGUAGGCAGAAAAUGAAGUAUAUAAAGGCAUUUAAUAUGAAUGUAUUAAUUUAUUUCCCUGAUAAAUGGUGUAAGAUAAUUUUUGAGUCACUUGUGGAAAAAGGUGAGGGGAAAUUCAUUUAAUUUUCUGAUUGCCAUAGACACCUCCAUUGCUUGUAUCACCGUAGCUAGCAAGACAGCUGAUUCCAUUAACUGCCUGUCUUUUACCUUGUUACCUGUGAGAGUGCACACAAAUCACAUACUCUUUUUGUUGCAAUAAUGAUCUCCAAUUCAUGACGUAGCCUAAAAUAACUGGGUAUGUUGGCUAUAGACCACUAGGACCCCUAGUGAACAAUCAACAAGUUGUAGAAUGCACUGAUUUUGGAGCUGUCUGCAGCAGUAAGUAUUUUAAUUCAUUCAUCAGUCAAAUGAAUAUUUGCAAAACAUUCAUGGUUGAUCACAAUUUUGUGUUCUGCCAAACUGGCAGCCCCUAAAAUUGAGUGUUGAUACUUGAUUAUCUGACACUUUAUUACACUUUAUUAAAUUUCAGUCAGUUUCCACCUGUUCAUGUUCCCUGUCCUUCAAUAUGCCAUUAUGAUUCCUAAAUCUGAAAGGGUAGUAUUGUCUCCAAACAAUAUGUAAGAUACCAUUUUCACACAGAAUAUUAUCAGCGAGUACUGAAUGAUUUAUAAUUACAAGUGUUCAUAUUCUAAACACAGAUGAAAAAUAAAGGCCAAUUUUGGA